AUGGCGGGGGCCGGGCCGGGCGCGGGGCGCGGGGGGCGGCGGGGCGCGGCGGCGCUGGGGCUGGCGCUGGGCCUGGCCCUGGCCUGUCUGCUGCUGCGGGGCGCGCUGAUGGUGGCCGCGGCGCUGGGCGCGGCGGGGGCCUGGUGCGCCAUGCGGCCCGGACCGCCCGCCAAAACCGCCGCCAACGGUGGCCCGGCCGCCGCCUCGGGCCGGCCCGCUAGAGCCCCGCCGCGCCGCCUCGGCCUGGGGGCCCUGCCGGCCGCCCCACGCUGCCCGCCGCAGGCCCCGCGCCGCCGCUACCCGCUGCCGCAGGCCCGGAGCCCCGUGCCCGUGGGCCUGCCCGCCGCUCGCUGGGAGGGCUGCUGGGGCCGCAGCACCCCCUGGGCCCGCCGGGCCACCCUGCUCCGCAGCCCCGUCACCGUCAGGAUCGCCCCGCCGGCUUCCCGCCUGGCCCGCUCCUCAGCCCUGGAGCAGCUCACCUCACCCACCGCCUUCCCGGCCAGCAGCCCGGACCCGUGUGCGAGAGAGACGGUGCUGAACGCCAUCAAGGAGAGCAGGAAGAGGGCUGUGGAGGUGGAGGAGGAGGAGCAGGCUUUUGGGAAUGAUCAGGAGAGCAAGAGGAGGCGCCACGACAGCAGUGGAAGUGGGCAUUCAGCGUUUGAGCCUCUGGUAGCCAACGGUACCCCUGCCUCUCUUAUACCCAAGCCUGGCUCUCUGAAGAGGGGCCUUGCGUCUCACUGCCCAGAUGACUGCUCAAACAAGAGGUCCCGCACCUCUUCCAUGAGUUCCCUCAACAAUACCUAUGCUGGGGGGAUCCCCAGCUCCACCCGCAACGCCAUCGCCAGCUCCUACAGCUCCAGCAGGGGCCUCUCACAGCUGAGGAAGAGGAGUGGUGUGAGCGUGUCCCCACUCUCCAGCCCAGCGUCCUCCCGCUCCCAGACACCAGAGUGGCCUCUCAAGAGAGCCAGGGAAGAGGAGUUUCAUCGCUCCAACACUUCCACUCCGGUGAAGUCGGACAAGGAGCUGCAGACAGAGAAAGCGUUGGAGACGCCGGUGCGGAAGAAGCAGAAUUCCCUGAGCCCAGCGUCGGCCUCGGGGAGCAGCGGGAAGCGCAAGCGGAAGAUCCAGCUGCUGUCAUCUUGCCGGGGGGACCAGCUGGUGCUGCCCCCGCCGCUUCAGCUGGGCUACUCCAUCACGUCGGAGGACCUGGACGCGGAGAAGGCGGCAGCGUUGCAGUGGUUCAACAAAGUCUUGGAGGAUAAGGCUGAUGCAGUCCCCAGCACCACUGCAGAGAGUGUGCCUGUUUCCGGACCACUGGUGUUCACUGCCACCUCCCUGAGUCCUGCACCUCCCUCCACAGCUCCAGCCCCAGCCAGCACCAACACGCUCCUGGACAGCCUGAAGAAGAUGCAGAGCAGCCAGGCUGCAUCUGUGCCAGCAGAAUCAGCUGGAACUACAGUAGCAUCCCAGCCGCCUCCCUCAGCUGCACAGCUGCCUGCUCCUGCCAUAUCCCUGGAACAGAGUCCUCUGCCUGCCACCUCUGCUGACACCAAACCUGUGCCCGUUUUGAGCACCUCUGUCCCUGUUGCUGCUCCUGCCCUGGGGGCACAGACCCCCAGCAGCCUGGCACCUCCUGCGUUCACCGAGCUGGGCCAGACCCCCAGCAAGCCACCCUCCUUCCCGAAGCCGAGCAUCCUUUUUGGGACACCGAACACCCCUCCUGCCAGCCUGCCUGCAGCCACUGCAGCUGCUGCUGUGCCCACCACGACAGUUGCAGUGCCCACCACAACGGUUGCAGUGCCCACCACAGCCCCUGUCUUCAAACCCAUCUUUGGUGCUUUGCCAAAGAGCGAGAGCACAGCACCCUCUACAGCUGUUGGCUCUGCCACAGUCACUGUGUCUGCAAGCUCAGGCCCUUCCUCGACAUCCUCCACCAUGUUCAAGCCUGUCUUUGGCAGUGUCACCACAGCUUCAUCUCCAGUGAAGGUCUCUCCUUUUGCCUUCAAACCAACAUCAGAGUUGGCCUCAGCCACAGAUGUGCCAGCAGCCUCCACGACUGCCCCGGCAGGAUUCCCAGCUCUCCCAAACGUCAUCUUCACCACUGCAGCCACGACCGCCACCACGCAGAGCGCUUCCACAGAUGCCACCAUCAAACCUGUCUUCAGCUUUGGACUCAACCCGCCUGCCUCCACGACCUCCACCACCAGCCUGACUGUCACCGCUGCCACCUCCACCAGCACCUCACAGCCCUUUCUCUUUGGGAGCCCGGCCAGCUCAGCUCACAGCACAGAAACCAGUUUUGCCACCCCAGGGCCUGUGUUUCAGUUCGGAAAGCCACCUCCGGCCACGGCCACUGCCACCACCAGUAUCCCUGGAGGCCCUGCCUUUGGCCAAGCACCUUCAAACUCAACAGCUCCUGCCACCACUGUGGGCUUUAGUAUAUUUGGGACCACCACACUGACCUCUACCACCUCAGCUACCACAGGUCAAGCGACGUUGACAUUUGGCUCCUCCAUUUCAGCUUUUGGCAGCACCUUCAGUACAGGCACGAAGCCGCCUCCGGCCUAUCCCGGAGCAGCUGGUCAGCCCAGCUUCAGUGCAGCUGCUGCAGAGAGCCAGACCCCCGCCAGCAAGCCCGCUACUGGCCCUGUCACCUUCGGCCCCCCAUUCAGUUUUGGAGCCCCCCCAGCCCAAUCAGCUGCUCAGCCAGCAUUCGGCAGCACUGCUCUGCCUGCCUUCGGCACAGCCAGCUCCCAGGGAUCCUUUGGCACCAGCAGCACCCAGACAGUGUUUGGGACCACUACAUCGGUCUUCUCUUUUGGGACAGCCACCCCCAGCACCGCCAGCUUUGGAUCCACCACCCAGACUACAAGCAGCAGUGCUGGCACCACCAUCUUCGGCACCACCCCUUCUCCUUUCACCUUUGGGGAGGCUGCCCAGCCAGGCCCCUCGGCCAGCGCCUUUGGGGUGGGCACACCCGCUCUGAGCAGUGGCUCUCCCGCUGUGGCCUUCAACUUCGGGGCCGGGCAGAGUGGGGCAGCUCCAGCGGCAGCGCCGUUCGGCUCCUCCUUGGGGCAGAGCACCCUGGGUGCACGGAGUCAGAGCACACCCUUUGCCUUCAACGUGCCCAGCACCCCCAGCAAUGCUCCAGCCUUUGGAGGAACUCCUGCACCCACCUUUGGGCAGAGCACGGCUGUCCCAGGAGUAGCGGGGAGCGGGAGCAGUAGCCUUUCCUUCGGGACACCCAAUGCUCCUGCCUUGAGCUUUGGAGGAGUUGGCACUUCCUUUGGUUCUUCUACCCCUGCCUUUUCCAUCGGGGCAGGAUCCAAGAUGGGCACUCGCCAGCGGCUGCAGGCACGGAGACAGCACACCCGCAAAAAGUAACCUCCAGGCUGCUGGGCCCCUGCCACCAGCCUGCCAGGACCCCUGCGUGUGGGGGGGGCUCGGUCCAGAGCAGUCCCCAUGGCAGGACCAGUGGUGAUGGGGCCAGGCCCCCGUCUCUGACACCAGCCAGAGACAGGUGUGGGACAGGAGAAAUCAAACUCUUCUUACUUGAACAGUUACAGAGCCAAGAUUGGAUGAACCUCUGUACAUAUCUGCAGUGUUUCGUCCCUCACUAGUUUGCCAUGUUCCAUGAUGUGUAAAUUUUUCCCUCUCUGCUUCUAGCUGUUCCCUGCCCUCUUCCCAGCCCCCUGUGUUAGCCCCCUGCCCAUGGCAGCCAGCAGAGCUGCACAGCCCCAUCAGAGCGCAGCUGGAAAUGUGCUGGUUUCUACUGGCCACUCUUCCAGCUUGCUGAGGGAUCUGUCUUCACCAGGUCCUCAAGUCUUUCCCCAGUGGUUCAUCCCAUGCCCUGGUGAACACACUCCCUCCAGAUGGCUCCGUGGUGGUGCCAUCCCUGCCAAACAUGAGCUGGGGUUGGUGCCAGCAGGUGUGGGCAUCUCAGUGCUGGGGAUGUCCAGCUCAGCCUCUGCAGCUGUGACAACCCCUCCAGUCGAGGAUGUGCCAUAGCUGGGGCUGGGCUGGAGGCAUGGGGUGGGGGUCCCUCCACUCUUCUCCCAGCCCCUGAGCCCCCCCAGCCCUCUCUGCUGCCUGCCGGGCUGUGGCUCCCCCCGCCCCACUCGUGUGAAGCCCCCCUCUCUGUUUUGCUGUAUUCAUGCUCCCGUUUCCGUGCGCUCACUGAACCCAGUUUGGAGGAAGAACUGAAGCGUGUGCGUGGCGGCAUGUUGGUUAUGCCGGAUUUGCUGUUUGGGGUUGAUUUGGGGGCGCCUGUCCCUUUGGGGAGAAUGCGCCCUGGCUAAUUGGGUGUUGACAGUAGCAUCACUGCGUGGCUACUCCUGCUGGGGACUUGUCCCUUCGUCGUCGUGACCGAUGGGCAGGCAGCCAGGGUGGGGGAGAGGGAGCCUGGACCCCCAGACGUGAGGGCUCUGGCCCUGGCAGUCUCUCCCUUCUCUUAGUGCCCUUCCCCACCUCGGGAUGCUCUGGAGCUGCUGAAGGAGUCCAGGGUGGGGGAAUUUUCCACACACCCCAAAAUCCAGGUUUUCCAUUUUUAAGCUCAUCCCCAUCCUGGUUUUUACCAGCUCCAAGGAGCUGUGGUGCUGCCACCCCUGUUCUCAGCCAGCCAGGAGUGGGGCCGUUCCCUGACUGACAGCCCCAGUGGGAAGAGACUGCUGGAGCAGGGAAUCACCCGGGAGCUGCCUCCCACCCUGCCCUGGGCGAUGGAUGGGCACCCCUGCCCAGGGGCUCCCCACCACUUGCAGGAGUGCUUUGGCUGCCAGGUUUUUUUACUCUCGGAGCCGUGUGAGUGUGUGUGUCUGCUGAAGUCUAAAUUUAAAAAAAAAAAAAAGUUUAAAAAAAAAAUCACAAAUAUUUAAACGUUUUUUAACAAAGUAAAAAUUUAUUUUUAUAUUUAAGCUAAAUUGCCUUUGAGUUCCUUCAAGCUUGGUUCAGUGAGGUUGCCAUACCCAGCAGCGCUGUCAGUGUUUCAUUGUGUCCCUGCAGCCCGAGGUGGAGCCAGGGAUGUCCCGCAGGACCCAGCUGUGCCGGGAAAGGCCGGGACCCCCGCAGGCUCCACUGCCGUGCUGCACCCCCUGCAGCAGCAUCUCCUUCAUUUUAAAAUGUGAUGUAUGUGAAUGUGACUAAACUUAAUUUUUUAUUCUUUCUCCGAGGGUGAGGAGCAGGAGCUCUUGCACGUUUCAGUGUCUGCCAGGAACAAGGUGUCUCUUGCUGUAGGUGACAGGGCUCUGUGGAGCAGGGUUGCAAGGGAUGUGCUGGCAGCCCCUCUGCCUCUGCUGGAGGGGGUUUAGAGCCUUCCCCCAAAAAUGUGGUCAAGGAGGUGGGGGUGUAGGGGACUGUCAGAGCAGGGCAGGAGGAGCUGGCCUGGACAAACACGUCCUCAGCUGUAGGGAUGAUGGUGGCACAGGGGAGGAGAGCAGCAGGAGAGCUGGGGUGCAGCAAGGGAGCUGGGGUUCAGCCAGCUCUGCUUCAGCAAGACCCUUGUGCCAGAGGGUGAGGGGGCCCUGGGGAGCACUGUCUGGGGGGGCUGAUCCCAGGGGGCUGCCCCCCACACAGCUGCCCCGUUGAGGAGCCAGCAGCAAGGUUGGGUCCCUUGCCCACAGACUCAUUCCUGCCACACAGACCCUGCCAGGAGAGACCCUUGUGCCUGGCUGCUGCACGGAUCCAGGGGGAGGCUGGGUUUUAACUCAAGACUUGGAUCAUUCCUGGUGUGGCUGCUGAGGAUUUUAGUGUGAAUGUGCAAUUUAUUUUUUUUUUCCUUUCUUCUGUCCCUGAUUUAAAAUAAAAGACUGUUCAUGUUG